CCUCCGCCUCGUCCCUGCCGCCCCGUCGUGGCUGCUGCUGCUUAAAUGGUGGUCGGGAGAGGCUGGUGAAGGGAGCCCGCAGAGUGGCCGCCCCGCUUGCCAACGUCGCGCCCGAGCUGAGUGCGGGGCUUGACCAGGAGAUCGCUCGGCGCCCACCAGCGCAGGCACCGCCAAGGUGGGAGAGGUCUGUGUUCUGCUCUCCGAUGCCUACAGCUGGGCAAGAAGAAGGCCCCGUGGCCGGCAGCUAGCGGGGGAGGAGGAGGAGGAGGAGGAGGAGGAAGACGACUGAGGGGAGGGGGCUCGCUCUUUCGCUGCCGACGCCGCUACCUGUUGGAAAAGCACCUCGCAGAAAGAGGGGGCGGAUUUGCCUCCAAGUGUCCUCAGGAUCCCCCUUCCCUCCCUUCCCCUCCCCACAGAUACACUUUCAGUCCCUUCUCCUCCUCUUCCAACUCUCUUCUUCCGGUCCUUCCGAUUGUCGCCGCUGCAAUUAAUUGCCCCCCGCUCUCCCUUUCCUGAGCUGGGAUGACACUGUCGGGCAGCCUGAGCGCCAGCGACAUGUCCGGCCAGACGGUUCUCACAGCGGAAGAUGUGGACAUCGACGUGGUGGGCGAGGGGGACGACUGCCUGGAGGAGCGGGAGGGCGGCAGCGACGUGGAGGCCGGCGGCAGCCCCGGCAGCGGGGUAGCCAGGGCGGCCGCAGGGCUGCCCGCCUCGCUGGCCCUGGAGGAGGCGACCGAGCUGCUGAUGGCCAAGGAAGCGGCGGAGAUGAGCUCGGGCAGCAGCAGCGGCGGUGGCGGGAGCCCCGUCGAGGAGAAGGAGGGCGAGGAGGGCUCGGCGCCGGGCGCGCCGUCCGCGGCGGCGGCGGCGGCGACUGCUGCGGCUGCUGCCUCCAGCGGCGGCAAGCCCAAGAGCAGCCUGGUGAAGCCGCCCUACUCGUACAUCGCGCUGAUCACCAUGGCCAUCCUGCAGAGCCCGCAGAAGAAGCUGACGCUGAGCGGCAUCUGCGAGUUCAUCAGCAACCGCUUCCCCUACUACCGGGAGAAGUUCCCGGCCUGGCAGAACUCCAUCCGCCACAACCUGUCUCUGAACGACUGCUUCGUCAAGAUCCCCCGCGAGCCGGGCAACCCGGGCAAGGGCAACUACUGGACGCUGGACCCGCAGUCCGAGGACAUGUUCGACAACGGCUCCUUCCUGCGGCGCCGCAAGCGCUUCAAGCGGCACCAGCAGGAGCAGUUGCGCGAGCAGACGGCGCUCAUGAUGCACAGCUUCGGCGCCUACAGCUUGGCCGCCGCGGCCGCCGCGGCCGCCGCCUCCUCCUCGGGCCCCUACGGCCGCGCCUACGGCCUGCCCCACGGCGCCUACCCGCACCCCGCCGCCCUGCAGUACCCCUACAUCCCGCCCGUCGGCCCCAUGCUGCCGCCCGCCGUGCCGCUCCUGCCCUCCGGCGAGCUGAGCCGCAAAGCCUUCAACGCCCAGCUCAGCCCCAGCCUGCAGCUCCAGCUCAGCGGCCUCGGCGCCGCCGGGUCAGGCACGGCGGCCGGCGGGGUCAAAGCCGAGCCCAGCGGCCGGCACUCCUUCAGCAUCGAGAAUAUCAUCGGGGCGGGCGCGGGGGGCGGCGGGCCGGCCGCCAGCUCCUCGGCCGCCAGCGCCCAGACGUUCCUCCGGCCGCCCGUCACCGCGCAGUCGGGCUUGCUGGCCCACCAGCCGCUCUCGCUGGCCAGGAGUACGGCGGCCAUCGCGCCCAUUCUCAGCGUGCCUACAAACAUUCUCUCCGGACAGUUCCUGCAGCCCGCCGCCUCGGCCGCCGUGGUCCAGGCCAAGUGGCCGGCGCAGUAGCUCCGCCGGGCCAGCGCAGGACCCU